UAGGUGUCACUGACUCGCUGAGAAACGUUACCUCACGUAGCAGAAGAAGAACUCCCGUGUCCUUCACAACAGCAAACAUGGCUACUGCAACCAAAAUCGUCCAGAGGCUACGAAAUUUUUUAGCUGGGCACGACCUGCAAGCCAAACUGCAGCUGAGAUAUGAGGAGAUUGCAAAGAGGACACAGCCACCACCAAAACUGCCUGUGGGACCGACCAAGUAUGCCAACUAUUACUACACCAGAGAUGGACGAGAGUCAGUACCACCGGUCAUCAUGUCUUCACAGAAGGCUCUCACCGCUGGCAGUCAAGUUGCUGAAGCCCCAAAGCUUCCAGUGACCCCUGGUGCUGUAUAUAAGGAGCCACCACUCUCCACAGACCAGCCGUACCUCUGAGCAGCAGGACUAACCCUUAUGUCAGCAUCAACAACCUAACUUCUCCAUCCAAACCUGCUGUAGAGACCUGACCACUGGGUGUGUGUUUGUUGUAUCCUGUACAAUAGAAAGUGUGAAUAAAAUUUGUUCUAUUUAAGUUUU